AUGGCGACUACCAUUAGCCCGCUUCGCGUCGACUUCGAGCCCAAGAAUUCAUCGCUGAACGCUGCUGACAUUAACACUACUGGUGCUCCUCUGAACCUCCUAAAGCUUCUCAACUUACGACCGACUACUGUGCCUAUCCCUCCGUUGCCGGAGGGUGUCCGCGUUGUCACGACGGCAGAGUACAAGCAGGCCGCUGCUUGCCUGGCCGAGGCGUUCGCGGAGGACGAAGCAGUCCGCUACCCCGUCGACACGCCCGACCGCACGCAUUGGACAGAGCAGGAGAAGUGGGAUCUGCAUGUGGAGAUUCUCGAAUACGUGACGUAUGCUCACAUCCUGAAAGGCCUCGUCACUACCGUAGGAGACUUCGAGGCCGUCGCCCUGUGGAUGCCUCCCGGCACCAACAUGGAUGACUACCUCACGAUGUUCCAAUCAGGCAUGUGGCGCCUCAACUACCGCCUUUCCGCCGAAGGCAAACGCCGCUUCUUCACCGAAUUCCUGCCCCUCCUCCAUGACAUGAAGCACGGUACGCUCGGCGCUCGCGACGAUUCUUCUUGGUAUCUCGUGUACAUCGGUACCUCCCUGCGAGGCCGUGGUAAAGGGAAUGCCUCCAAGCUCAUCCGUCAUGUGACCAGCCAGGCGGAUAAGGACGGCGCACCGGUCUACUUGGAGAGUAGUAAUGAGAAGAAUCCGCCGAUUUAUAGGCGCUUUGGAUUUGAGACUGUGCGGACAGUCUAUUUGCAUCGCGCGGAAAGGAAUGUGGAGUUGGACAUUAUGGUGAGGGAGCCGGUGAGGGGGGAGAAGAAGUAG